GAACAGCGCGGUCGGUGCGCAAACGCACCAGUGCGUAACAGGAGAGACGGACGCGUAGGACCCACGAAUGCUGAAGGCUGCAUAACGAAAUCCUUUCACUCUUAUAGUUUGUGUGAGUCGUAAAGGAAGAUAUAGAGGAUUUCCCCCCGAAACCUUGAGAUAAAGACAGACACAAGAUGUGCAGGAGCGCACACGGAGGCGCGCCGAAAUAUCGACACGCCUGCUCUGAAAACUCCGCGUCAUGAAGCAGCAGUCGCGCAAAGACCUUAAGUUAACAGAACAAGUACACAAGUAAACAAUGAACAUAUCAGAGUCUGCUUGGCUCAUGGAUGAGCCGCGGAACAUCACAGAGGAGGACGAUGAGAAACUUUUGUUCGGGAUCGGCACGGAUAAUUUCAUCACGCUGCUGGUUUUCGCGCUCAUCUUUACGCUCGGCGUGCUGGGCAACUCCAUGGUAAUCACCGUCCUGGCGCGGAGCAAACCGGGGAAACCACGGAGCACCACCAACAUAUUCAUCCUCAACCUGAGCAUAGCGGACCUCUCCUACUUGCUCUUCUGCAUCCCCUUUCAGUCCACCAUCUACAUGAUGCCAAGUUGGGUCCUGGGCGCAUUCAUCUGCAAGUUCAUCCACUAUUUCUUCACCGUGUCCAUGCUGGUGAGCAUCUUCACCUUGUCUGCCAUGUCCGUGGACCGAUACAUUGCCAUCGUGCACUCCAGGAAGUCCUCAACUAUCCGGGUGGCAAAGCACGCUUUGGUCGGAGUGGUGGUGAUUUGGAUACUCUCUCUGGCCAUGGCGGCACCUGUCAUGUACUACCAGAACAUUUUCCACAGGGGUAAUGACACCUUCUGCUGGGAAGUUUGGCCAAAUCAAAACCAGAGGAAAGUCUAUGUCGUUUGCACAUUUGUGUUUGGUUAUGUGCUGCCCCUGCUGCUGAUUUCCUUCUGUUAUGCAAAGGUCUUAAACCACUUGCACAAAAAACUAAGAAAUAUGUCCAAAAAAUCAGAGGCAUCAAAGAAAAAGACGGCUCAGACGGUGCUGGUGGUGGUGGUGGUCUUCUGCCUCUCUUGGCUGCCUCAUCACGUCGUUCACCUUUGGGUGGAGUUCGGGACGUUUCCGCUCAACCAGGCCUCCUUUGUGCUACGGGUGGCCGCCCACUGCCUGGCGUACAGCAACUCGUCCGUCAACCCGGUCAUCUACGCCUUCCUGUCAGAGAACUUCAGGAAGGCGUACAAGCAGGUGUUCAAGUGCCAAAUCGGCACCAGUGACUUCCCGCUCAAUGACAUUAAAGAGAUCCGCAGCAAAGUGGACACGCCACCUUCGACUAACUGCACCAACGUUUGACUGAUCAAGUGUGGAAGUUGAAUUUAGGGCGCGACGAGGUGUGAAGGUGUGACAAGGUCCGUAUAAAGUAAUGGUGACAGUAAUGGUGGAGUAAUGGAGCCUUCAUAUAAGUGGGUGUGUGGAUUUUUGGUAAGUGUAUUUGCUUAGAUAGCGGUGAACACCGGCAGUAAAAAUGCUGUGGUUUAAAGUUUUAUUAAAACUGUGAAUACAAUUUAAAAUACAAUAAUUUGGCUACAUUCUGUGUGAAGCCCUGGUGUGCAUGCCAGGAUUACAUCAGUUUCCUCUCAGUGUAUUCACAGGGAGAAAAAAACUGACCUCGGCCACAUUAUGUUGGUUCACUUAAUUAAAGGGUGUGAGAACUCCAACAGGAGACGACAUAUUUCAAUGUAACUCAACAAAAUAGUAUUUUAGAUUAUUUUCAGUCGCUAAUUAAAAAGAGCAACAGCUGGAGAGUGUGUGAACAGCCCUGCGGUGUCCACUUUCUCAACAAAAAGACCUUGAGUGUCGCUCAUUAUUACUCGUACUUGUAAAAUUGCCUAAUUCUGUUAAAAAAAUAUAUGUUUUUCAAACUGAAAAAGAGAGGGGGAAAAAACACGGCAACCAUUUGAAACCAUUGACUGUGGUUCAAAGCUUAAUGCAAGUCCUCCAAGUUCCUCUAAGUCUAAAAAAAUGUGUUAAAUGGGACAUUUUACAAGAAAAUGAGAAAAUGUUGAGCCAUUUUAGAAUCACUUAGCUACUGGGGCUUAGCUAAAGUAUCGGUGUUCCUCUGACAGCUCCCCCACCACACAGUUAAAUAUUUACUGGAACCCUAUUAAAGUUCAAAAUAUUGUUUUCAAUUUAAUAUUCAGUCACAUUACUUGAAUACAGAAGACAAAAUGUGUGGGCUGUAAAAAAAAAAAAGAAAAAAAAAGUCAAGUAAUAUAACAUGUAAUUUAUUUCAUUAUUGCUUUAAAUGCCACGUCUGAAGAAAGGUUUUCAUGUGGAUAAAUAUUCCUUUCUCAUUGAUUAAAACAUGUACUUAUGCAGAUUUGUUUGUGAAUUUUAUAGACCCCCGACGACUAUAAUUAAUUCACAUUUGUCUGUGAAUGCCUCUGUCUGUGUUUGGGUGUUAAUGGUAUUUUAACAGUUUUGACAUUGUGCUGUGUUUGUAUUACUGAGCCAAGCUUGAUGCUUGUUUUGCACUGUAUCUAAUAGCCAUCUUUGUGAAAAAAAACACAAAAAAAACGAAAAAAACUAUCUCACCGGACAGACAUUCUGUGGAAAUUCUGAUGCCGUUUGCCAUAUUGCACGUGUACGUGAUGUGCCAAGCCUCCACACAGCAGCUUUACCUCAGUAUGUUCAAACAAAUGACUAAUACAAAACCUUUAACAUAGACGUACCGAAGCAUACUUCAUGUACAGAUUUAAAGUCGGGAACUUGAAGGAAUGUUUUAUUUGCUUUUUUCACUCAAGGGAGCUUAUAAAUUGAUGAUAAACCUGAGGUUAGACACCCACGUGUCAUGGAGAGGAGAGAAUCUGAGAUUUUGGCAGUGGCUGAUACAAGCGGGUCACACUGACUCCAUCCAGGGAGGUGGAACUAAUCAGUCUCAUCAGCAGACACUCAUCCUCCCUGAAAUAAGGAUCUGACAAUCCAGGAUUACUCCCACACGGAAGACAAGAUGCAGAUGAUGACCAUGCUCACUACAGGGCCGACUGUCCAGAUGGUGGUGGUUCUCCCUACCCACACAGGUCAGCGGAUUAAAAAAAGAAAAGCAGGGAACUCUAAUCCAGGAGGUGUGGAGGACACAGGGAAUAUUUCUCUGCCAACUGAGCAUAAACAUGACGGGUUGUUUUCUUCAAAAUACCAAUAUAAAGAGCACAUGAACAAAAGAGAAUGCAUCUUUAUAUUGCAGCCCACCAUAUCAGGGACAUUGAUUACACGCUCAACAGCAACAUAUACUGAGGCCAGCACUCAAGAACAGGGAAGGAGGACAAGUGGUUAAAGGAUAUGCUGUGUUUGAGAGGGAUUCGGAGAUAAAUUAAGCAGAAGAAGCCAUUAAUCAGUCAUCCAGUGACACCUGUGGUUCACAUCAUCAUGAAAGCUCCUCUAGAGUAAGAGCCCACUCUAAUUUGGAGGCUGUAUUCAUAAGUAUUAACCUCUUUCAACAAAACACCAUCUAUUUUUUUUCCAAUUCAUUGAGUAUGUGAAAGCAAACACAAGCCCAUGGUGAACAUACUGUUGUUGGCUGCGUACAUGCAAUAAAGGUGCUGUUUCCUGGUGUAGGUUUCUUGUGGGAUCUACACCUUUUUUUCUUUUCUUCAUGUCUUUGUCCAUGUCAUUCACAAAGAUGAUAAUGUUUGUACAGCUCUUCAGUGCUUUAUGUGUUUUAUUGGGAUUGUCCUUGUGUGUCCUUUCAAUAUUCCCCGUAUUAAUCAGCAGUUAAAUGAGAGCAUAUAAAUGAUUAAUUUCUUGUCUGUUAAAGUUUGUUUGCUUGAAACGCAAAACGGUACUUAAGACCCUCAGAGGUAGUAGUGUAUAUCUGGAUGGGAUUUUCAGAUAUAUCCAAACUUUUCAUUGUCUUUAUGCAGUGCUACUUAUAUUAUAUACUUAUAUUAAAUUCUGGAUUUUCUCUGAAA